CGUACUUUAAUCCAACUUCCGUAGAAGAAGAGCGAAGGCGGAAGUUGUUCAUCACCGGGCGCCUUUCUUCAAAAACAAUCACAAGAACUGCUGCGUAACAGCUUUAUAAGAGACACGAAGGGACCUCACAGCGGGUAUCUGUGCGCCUUUUUUCAGCGCUAAAAUGCCUCUCUCCACUCAGUCGCAAGGUGAUGACGAACAGUACGUUUUAGUGGCGAAUUUGGACAAUGCUCGUAAUCUCUCCAACAUCCUGAAAGCAAUCACCUUCAAAGAUCACGCCAUCUUCACAGCUACAACCAACGGCCUUAAGGUCACAGUGGAGGACUCGAAAUGUCUGCAGGCCAAUGCCUUCAUCCAGGCUGAGAUCUUCCAAGAGUUCACCAUAAGAGAAGAUCUGGUGGCUUUUCAGAUCAACCUCACUGUUCUCCUUGAUUGCCUCAAUAUAUUUGGUGGAACCACAACACCAGGUGUAUCAACAGCCUUGCGGAUGUGCUACAAGGGGUAUGGGUACCCUCUGACGUUGUUCCUGGAGGAAGGUGGUGUAGUGACCGUGUGCAAGAUUAACACGCAAGAACCAGAAGAACCGAUUGACUUUGAGUUCUGCAGCACUAAUGUCACGAACAAGGUGAUCUUGCAGUCAGAGAGUUUGAAGGAAGCCUUCUCUGAACUGGACAUGACUAGUGAAGUGCUACAGAUUACCAUGUCCCCCAGCCAACCAUACUUCAGGUUGUCAACAUUUGGGAAUGCUGGAAAUGCUCAUUAUGAUUACUCCAAAGACUCGGACAUGAUGGAGCUGUUUAAGUGCACCGAGACACAAACGAACAGAUACAAGAUGUCCCUCCUGAAGCCGUCCACCAAAGCCUUGGCUUUGUCCUGUAAAGUCUCCGUCAGGACAGACAACCGGGGCUUCCUCUCUCUGCAGUACCUGGUCAGGAACGACGACGGACAGAUCUGCUUCGUAGAAUAUUACUGCUGUCCCGAUGAGGAGGUGGAAGAGAACUGAGAACACCAGAUUCAAAUGUGACUUGUAAUAAGCACCUUAACUACACACCAGAGUCCAGUUUGCCAGAGGAGGCAGGUAUGGAGAAAAUGCCGGACUUGUAAUGGGCACAGUGGAGUAAACAGAAAAUGAACUGAUUCAUCAUUUGCCAGAUUUGAGAGAUGUUCUUAUGCUCUCUAUGAUUACACCACACGUCAUAAUCGUAGCUCGAUGUGCUGCAGGAGUAUACAGAGACAUGUUCGAUGUGUGUUCAAGUACUCUAUUGAUUACUAUGGUGACUCAGCUGUUUUCAGUCAUAAGUCUCACAAUUUGUGAAUGUUACUCCUGAAUUUGAGUCUACUUGUUAAAUGCAGCUCUCUUUAUAUUUGCAUAUCAGAGCUCGUCUUUUGACAUAUGCUUCCAGAUGGCUGACAGCCUGUAAAACAGGACACAUUAGACCCAGCUCACUGAUCUAAAACAACUAGACAGUGAUCUAAAACAACACCUAUUCUACCUAUUUUGAAUAGGUGUGAUUUCUCUUAAGCUGUGGACACACUUCCUCCAAGUCUAUGCUGACACUAUUCCAAAAGCCUUUUAUGGAGUAUACAUCACAGGAUACAGAGAUCAAGUUGGUAUUUUAUUUCUAUGACAUAGAAAAGAGUUUUUACUCCAACUCAAUAAACAUUACAUCAAGAAAAACUUGUUUAUCAGAAAAAGAAGAAAGGAGUUCAUAAACUGGGGCAACAAAACAUGAUGCAUAUUUUCCCAAGGACUGUUUCUAAUACUGUACUUGAGUCCUGACUGUGUGGUGACAUUCCCAUAUUUUUACUGAAUAAUGGCAGCAGCAUUCACUCAGCUUAUUGCAGUCCAUCCAGUUACCUGCGUGCCAUCUGCAUCCUUUGUCUUUUGAAAGCUUUUUGUUUUUUCUUCACCACUUUCGUCUCAGGCGCUUCCCUCUGAAUGUCAGCGGGCUUUUCCUCAGCCGGUGUCAGGAAGACAUCGGCUGUAACGUCACUUUCCAGGUCCUCCUUCGCAGACGUCUUCUUUCCUUUCUGCAUCUCCUUUACCAUCUGCUUCUCUCGCACUUUGGCUGCCGCUGCCAGUCGCAUCUCUCUCCGGUGCUGCAGGAGCAUACAGAGAGAUGUUCGAUGUAAGAACAUUAGUAUAUCAGGAACAGUAAUUGUAACUUCAGCUAUCGUGCAAUGGAUUUUUACCAUGUUAGGAGAACGGAAGUCUGGGUUUUCAUAGAGCGUAGGCCCCCCAAAGCUCCCCUGAAAGAUCUUCAUGAGGUUAAGAACAAAGCGAGGCCCAAUCUCCACUAGAGAGCCAUCUUCCUCAAUGAUCUGAACACAGCCAGAGGAAAAUAAGAAAUAUUUCAUUCGGAAUCUGCUCAAGCCAGGGACAAAAUAUCAAAUGAAAUUUAGAAAAGUAUGGCGGAAGAGUACCUGAUAGUUUCGAAACCAAAUCCUGUUGUCUGCAAUGGUAAAGGUGAAAACAUGGUCCACAAAAGGCUGACUCUUAGGAUGGUAGCGUGGGGUGGAAAAGGUCUACAACAGAAAAAAUGAAUGAGUUCAGUCAGAAAAUACAAUUUGUUCAACUCUUCAAGAAAAAUUAAAAAAAAAAAAAAAAAAAAAAA